GCUGAGCAGCUCGGUGGUGUUUGUUGUUGUUGUUGUUGUUUUGUGUAGCGGUGAUUUGUCUUCGCCCCGCCGCUCCCGGUGUAACGUUUAGAUAAAGAGCUGGGUCUCCUGCAUCUUCUCAGUUCUGUGUGCAGUGAGACGGUAGUGACGGUAGACGGUAGACGCAGUGCCAUGGCUCUGCGCGGCAGCGUCGGGGCCUCGGCGUUACCCAGCGAGCUGAUCGUCCACAUCUUCUCCUUCCUGUCGGAGCGGGACAAGCUGCGGGCCUCCGCCGUGUGCACGCGCUGGAGGGAGUGUCUGUUUUACCCCGCGCUGUGGAGCGAGCUCAGACUGCGCUUCGGUACCGGGAUCGGAACUGGAACCGGACCAGGAUCAGGAUCAGGACCGGGAGCGGGACAGGGAUCAGGAUCAGGAUCAGGAUCCGGACCGGAAGAGGACACCCCGAGGCUCGAGUUCCUCAUGCGACGGUUCGGUUCGUUCGUGCGCGAGCUGCAGCUGGAGUUCGGGCCGCUGGACGCGUGCGGAGGAGAACCGCAGAGUCACGAGCGCUGGAGAACCGCAACGCUCACCUACCUGCAGCACGUGCUGUGUGUGCUCAGCAACCUGAGGAACAACAGGAACCUGCAGAAGCUCAGUGUGUACGGAGACACGUUCGUUCUUCAGGACGACGUUCAGCAGGACGGCUCUUACCUCAGCCAGGUCGACCGGGGAGGCAAGAAAAUUAAAGAGAUCCCGCAGCUGUUUGAGGACUUCCUGUCGAACAGCAGACAGUUGAAGUGGCUCUCGUGCUCCUUCAUGCCGGGUGUUUUAACCCCACACUCUCUGUCCUCGCUGUCCAACCCGAGCGCUGAGACUCUGCAGCACCUGAGUCUCCUGGACCACCAGACGUCCAACCUGCUGCUGUCCUCAGAGCUGCAGCGUCUCUCCAACCUGCGCUCGCUCUCCAUCGACUACUGCGACUUUACCUCCUCCAUGUGCCAGCUGUUAGCGGACGCCAACCGAGCGCCGCUGUUGCGUUUAUCUCUGCUGCUGAACGGCACCACCCUGGAGGCCCGCUCUCAGGACUGCACCGCAUCCGAAUCGGACCUGGGGGCUCUGACGAGACGAAACACAGACCUGCGAGUGUUCCUGAUGGCGCUGGACGUGUGUGAUGAAGUGCUGGAGAGCGUCCUGAAGCCCAGCUUGCCCCUCGAGCGGAUCCACGUGGACAGUUACAUCGCGCCGCUCAGCGACACCGUCCUCGAGCGGGUCUCACUCCAGUACCACAAAACGCUCACACACUUCGUCCUGACGAGAGACGACGGACGAUUCCCCGACCUCAGCGGAAACAGAAACGAGGACCCGCUGGUGCUGCUGGUGUGGCGUUGUGUUCAUCUCUCUGUGCUCGUCAUCCACGGUUACACGCUGUGGGCUCACAACCUGGUGGCCAUCUCUCGGCUGCGUGGCUCGAGUCUGCGCGUCCUGGACGUUCCGGAGGAGAGCAUCGACUUCGACCCGGAGCAGGCCCUGUUCUCGACGGGCGACCCGGUGCAGACGCUGGUGAAAGAGGUGUCGCAGGGUCUGGGCCGCGCCUGGCACCCCUCCGUCACCACGGAGAACAGCGCCAUCAUCAGCGACCCCAUGCUGCACUUCCACCGCGAGAUGCAGAGCUUCAGCGAGAACGUCUAGAUUCUCUCUCUCUCUCUCUCUCUCUCUCUCUCACCGUUCCUUUCUUUUUUUUUUUUCCCUAGUGUGUGUUAAUGCUGUGUGUUGGUUUGUUCUGCUGAUCACACGCCCACUGCGAGCUCCUCUACACUCUUCUACAUACUCAUUUACUCACUCACUCACACACUCGUUCACGUAGCGUGUGUGUGUGUGUGUACGAGCUACACUUCCAACAUCAGUGACACGAUACAUCUCAUUUUCCACCUUUUUAUUUAUUUCCACUCCGUUACAGUGAAAGCGCUGUUUCUGUUUGUAACGCUGCAUACGCUCACCUCCACUAUGAGGCGGUGCAAGUGUAAAGUUUUAUUUAAUGCUUUCCUGCUUUUCCUUCUUGUUUUUCUCUCCAUUUCUUUCCCUCGCAGUGGGACUUAACGCUCUGUAUUUGUAAUGCCAGUUACAUCUUUUAGUUCUUUUUAUUUCCUGUGCGAAUGAAUCCUCUGUAUUUGUAUGUGCCGUGUUUAACCAGUAUUAUUAGCGCUAUAUAUUUAUAUCGUCUAUAUAUCCUGCUUACGGAUAGUCGCCUAUAAGUUUAGUAGCUUGCUGAUGAUGAGUGGACGCUGGAGAGGGGCUUUAUUAUUAUUAUUAUUAUUAUUAUUAUUAUUAUUAUUAUUUUAAUCGCUUCGUUCCUAAAAUCUCAAUCUGGAGUUACCUCAGACUAUCAGCUCCAUCACGAUCAGGCGAGACGAGUCUUCCAGCUGAGUGCGACAAGCUGAGAGAUGAUUGGCUGGAACCCGGCAGCCUUCCACUCUGUUCAUCACUUCCUGUUGGUUAGAUUUCUCAGUAAUGAUGAUGAUGGUGUUUUUUUUUUUUUUUGUUUGUUUGUUUUCCGAAGUGUACUCUUUGGCUGAGCGUUUCUGAUUGAAGACGCUUCAUGAAAAGUCCUUUAGCACAAUAUCAGGACUCUCACUCUGUCUCAGGUAGGAGAUCGGAGAUGAUGAUGAAGUUACUUUGAAGGUUUUCAAUCGUUCUAGUCGGUUCGUUUUAAUUUGAUUCUCCUCCCGAGAUCUCAGGUCACAGGAUCUCAGGAUCUCGAUAUUUUUCCUCUUUGGGCCGAGCUGUUUGUUGUUUGAGCUCUUCCAGACUACACACGCUGUUUGUUUUUUGUUUCUUUGUUUUGGGGUUUAUAUUUUUAUGGGCUUUUUCUCUUCGCUAUUUUAAAGCUCGUACAGGGAAAUGGGAAACAGGAAAACAGCCUGCUUAGCGUUUAGCAUGUUAGAACGUGGACGUUGAACUCCAGCCUUCCUAAAAGGUGCACUUUUUCAAACUCCAUUUGAAAGAAAUGUCUAGAUUAAUGUCGUAAGUGAAAGAAGGACGUGUUUCAACGCUUCCUCUUGGUUUUCGCUAGUCGUGUGCUGACAUCCCGUGUUCUCACUGGGCAGUUUUAUCCUCGGCUGAGAAGGACACAAAGCCAGAAUGAGGAAAACGGCUGUCCGUGUUUCACCGUCCGAAUCGUGCUGCCAAAAAUCUUUAAGCGAUAACGGUAAUGUGUGAUCAAAAUAUCACGAUACAUCGUAUAAUCAGUUAUCAGCACGUGCCUAAACGAAGAAGCCACGCAGGAAAAACCUGGUUUUAUAUUUUGUAAUAUCGCAGUAUCUCGAGCGUGUAAGGCAGAAUAUCAGCCAGAAUCCCGCAGUGAGCCGCAUCGUGUGUGUGUGUGUGUGUGUGUGUGCAUGUUUUGGUUGCACUUUGAUCUGCAGCGUGUGCAUGAGAACAUGAGAGGAGGAACCAUUUUAAAACCCUGCAUGCCGAUUAGCGCGUGUUUACCUGAGAGUCAGCUUUCUAUUUUAGUAUCAUACCAAAAACCCAGAGAAGUGUUCUAUAUUUGUACGUUAUUUUUCCUUGAUUUAUUUUUUUUUUGUCGUCGUACGAGUCGGAGGGAGAAGAACGCUGAAAGCGCUAAGGCGUCUGUGCCGUGCCUAAAUUCAGACUAGCUUUCACGCUUGUGUUUGUGUGUAAUGUGUUACUGACAUAGCGUAUUUAAAGCAUCUGUGGUGUGUGUGUGUGUGUGUGUGUGUCAGAGCAGGAGGUGUGAACCACUUUUUCUCAGCGGUGAACAGGAAACGACCGUUCUCAGGGUGUGUGUGGGCAGAAGCGCAGGUUCAGCUCAGGCCUCUUUAACCGUGCCGAUUCAUCACGGCUCACAAUAUUAUCACGAUAUUGCGUUAAGAAACUUUAGGUGCGUCUCGUUCAGCCUGAAAAGGACAAGAUGUCCGUCCUCAUGCUAAGUGGACUGAGUCUGUAAUUUUAAGAUCUCCGUAAUAAUGAUGAUGAUGUCAUGAGCAGAUUAGGGAAGAUUUUAGCAUUUGUUGUUAGCCUGCAUCUGCUGAAAUUAAAUACAGAGAGGAGAAUUUAUCUCGAUGUAUCGUUGCAUCAGUUUAUCGGCGUAUACCUACGCAAAAAAAAAAAAGUGAGUCACUGGAAUUUCAUUUUGUCGGCUGCCAAAGAUCUCAGAGACGCCUCGGCUCGGUUCUCGACUCAUUUCCCGCCGCUCCGGGGCUUCGAAUGAGGCGCGUUGGGGUUCCGCAGCUGUGCUGUGGCGUUAUUAUUCCGGGUUAACACCAGUAGAUCUCUCGUAUAUAAAUGCACCUGUUUUCACUGUGAAGAGCGAAUGUACUUUAACCCGAGGUCCUUCUAUCAGACCUGCUAUAAGCUGCUAUGAGACGUGUAAGGAACAUUCCACUGGGGAGUCGAUAAAACACGGCCAAAUGUCUGCAUGAAAUACAGAUACCAUUCUCUUUUCUUUUUUUUUUCUUUUUUUUUUAAUUUCCUCUUUUUUUUUUUCCUGAUUUGGAUCUGAGAGUCAGCAGGCGACUGGGAUUUAACAUUUACAGUAAUGGUGCCUCUGUUUCGCAACGUAGAAGGGAGAUUUGUUUUCUUCCUAGAGCAGUUAAUGGAUCUUUUUCGUUUCAGUCGCAUGUGCUUGGGUGCGUAGUGACCUCACACCAGCCAGUGAGACAAGAACGCUAACGAAUUCCGAGGGGAAAUAAAAACCUCAGUAAAGGCUCUCAGCUGGUUUAGCGUUUCAACCACAUCAAUACAAACUAUGCAAGUGGAAAUGCGUACGAUCCGUACGAUUCAGACGAUCCAGUGGCUCUUAACCAUUUUUCUUUCUGUCACUUAAACGGAAACGUCACUCGCAAUUACACUUGGCCUUAUUCUUCUUCUUCUUCUUCUUAUGAUUAUUAUUAAUAUUAUGACUAUUAUUAUUGUUUUAAGAUCUCGAUUCUUCGGAAGCCGACUCCGUUCCGUGGGUUCAGACGUGGUCUCUGUGAGACUGGCCAGCAGGCCCCAGUUAUUAAUACGUGGUACGAAUGUUGUGCAUUUGUUUAAAAUCAGGAUAGUCUGCAAUAACGCAGUGGCCAUCAGUGGGGCGCGUGCAGUGCUAACACCGCACUGCGCUGCUUAUAAACGUCACGGCGAGGUAAAAUCACACCUUACAGCACGGAUAGGUGUCAGGCGUGUGCAAUGUUAGAUGUUAUAUCGCAUUAUUUAUUACUAUAAUCUACAAAAAAUAAUCCUUUACAUUCUACCUAAAACAUAAACCAUAGCAGAAGCAACUUUUAUGCUAAUGGUAAGUGUUAACCUUAAUGGCGGAGCUUAAGUUCAAUUUGAUCAUCCAGUCACAAAUGUGAUCAUGUUACAUCACUAGCUUUUGUUUUCGUUUCCUCAGCUUAAAGUAGGAUAGAGCUUAGUAUAAAAUACUAACUUUUAUGGCACAGUACAGUAAUUUAGAGCAUUGUUAGCUAACGUUAACGUUAUCUCUGUUGCAGUAGAGCUUACAUGUUGCAUAGCUAGCUAACAUUACAUAAACUAAUUUUAUUGUAAUUUAAAACUAGUAUAUGCGCUGUCUAACAAGUUAGCUAAUGUUAGUUAUGCUGUUUAUUGUUUAUUGUGUAGAAACCAGUAGACAUGUUUGCUAGCAAGCUAAUAACGACUAGCUAAAUUAACUAGCUAGUGUUAGGUGAUUGCAGUCUGUAGAUUAUGCUAAAGCACUAUGUCGGGUCAAAGGAAUGCAAAAGUGUGUGAUUGGUUGAUCAGUAAGCUCCGCCUUUAUCGACUGAGAAACUUCGGCACAGUGACCAUAUUUUAAAACUUUAUCUCUCAUUUUGAAUAUUGCGAUAUAACGAUAAUCGACACACGCCUCAUGGGUGUAUGUAUAUUCAUGAUAUGUACCUCAAUGCCACAUCUAAUAUAAACCUGUGUGUCUGGGUUCUGUUUAUGAACAUGGAGAACGUUUAUAAGCGUUGUUUUGUUUUUGCAAAAAAAGAAUUUAAGAAAAACUGGUUUUACCAUCUUAAAGAAGUGUAAUAUUUGGGCAGGUGUGUUGUGUCUGCUCUUUUGUCUCCAGUGAGCACAUAGCAUUGGAUUUUAUAUGUACAUCUCCAAACAGGAAGUCCUCUGGCACACGGGGUGAACAUGCCAGGCGGGGAGAGAUUUUAAUCAUUUACAGAAAGAGAUCUGAGAUCUGUUUCACCGAAAACGAAGGAAAAAACCUACGAUCCAAACAAACCGUAACUGACGUGUUGGAUAAAACCAGCAUGAUUGUUGAUUUGAAUCAAUGUGGAAUGAAUGCAAUUUCUUUUAAUCGGUAAAUAAAAGUGAUUAAAAAGGAAA